GGGGCAAUCAGAAUUGGCACUGAAACGGAAUAGUUGGCCAAGGCAGUGGCCACGAUGGGGUCCAUUGCAUUAUUUUUUUUCGCUUCAUGGCUCGCCCAGAGCACAAUGGUACACGGUCGUUUCAACAACAUGUCGUCCCACGAGUUCACGACGCCGCCCGACGAGAUCGCGCCCAUGUUGCCCGACGAGGGCUUUCAAGCAUCUACUGUGAUCUCUGGCCUUAUGCCAGACUCGUUCGGCGAAAUGUUCAACUUUCUAGACGGAGACAGUUUUGGCAUAGGUCCAAUGCACGAAUUCGUUUACGGCUGGCAAGCAAUUGUCAACACUAUGAGUAUGAAGAAUAACGUUGAGGUUCGCAAGCGAGCUGGUCUCCAGCGGUUCGCACUUGCUGGCAUCAAUGGCAUCACGCUGGUCUCACACAUAGGAGUCACAGAGAUCAUGAUCAAUGGAACCAGGACCUAUUGUUUCGGAGGCGUGUCUCGUCCUCCAGGCAGACGUAGCGUCAUUUGUAAGGGAGCUAUGUACCAAGAAGGGCGAUUUACCUGUAAAGUUCCGUACCUGCGAUACCCUUCAAUCUUCGGCUAUAGAUACUGUAUAGACAAGUAUGCUGCUGUGAACUCCAUCGAUGGGACUUACAAGAAAACCUAUUGUGCUAGAGGAGAGUCUCUUCCUAAGUUCCAUUACGAUUAUAUUUGUGAGAGGAGGGACAUCAAGAUCAAGAGAAUUAAUCUUACCGAUCCGAACGAGAGAUUUAAUAUCCGAAACCCUAUUGUACGAAGGGCUGAAUACUACAGAGCACCUUAUGACAUUCUUAAAGCUUGCCCAGAUUGGUAUGGAUGCAAUCUACAGAUUUCCCAGGAAAUGUUACAUCAGGAACUUCCAAUUGGAUUGAUGGACGCCAAUGAGACAGCCUUUGUCGGUCAUGGUGGCAAAUACUGGCUCGCUCUUUAUUAUACCCAGCUUUCAACGUACGCAAUUUAUUUCCAAGCUCAUGGAGAAUAUCCAUGGCAAUCGAACAGACCUAUCAUGUCUAUCGAUAAAGGUGGUAUUUGGGAACAGCUGUUGAAGGCGAACAUUGGUCCAGAUAUGAAUCUUCAUUACAAUCUCAAUGGUAUUUACAAUAGAUUCCCUGGAUCCGCUGUUUUCCCAGAUCUCAUGCGGAAUGAUGGCCAGGUACAACCAUCGAACUUCAGAAGUGAAACCAGAGACGGUGGAGCUGAAGAUAUUAUCAUUGGGAACUCCCACAUAUCAGCUGAAGCAGCAGGUGGAGAACCUAAUGUUGGCGGUACAUAUAAAAUGUUGCAUGACACGGGAGUUCAAGGGACUUUUGAACAUUCGAAGAAUGUUUGAUAUUAAACUUUGUGUAUUUUUCGUGAAAUAAAAAAUGUAGUUACCA